CCUCCAGACCUCAUCUACAACGUCUAUGAGAAGCUCAAGGGAAAGACGACUGCCACAACCGAGGGAGCAUCGUCGGCCAAAGAGGCUCGACCAGCAACGCCGCAGACACCUGCCGCCGGUUCAGGACCGGGCGGGCCCAACAAGGAUGAAGCAGAGAGGCUCAAGGGUCUGGGCAACGAGGCGAUGAAGAAGAAGGACUAUGAUGCUGCCGUCAAGCACUACACUGCUGCCCUCGAGGUCGUUCCGCUCAACCCCAUCUACCUAUCGAACCGCGCCGCCGCAUACUCAGGUCAGGGCAAGCACGAGCUAGCAAAGGAGGAUGCUGAGAUGGCAGUUGCUGCUGACCCCAACUACUCCAAGGCCUGGUCGCGUCUAGGCCUUGCAAAGUACGUUCUUGGCGAUGCAAAGGGCGCCAUGGAGGCAUACAAGUCUGGCAUGGACGCAGAGGGUGGCGGCUCAGAAGUCAUGCGCAAGGGCUACGAGACAGCCAAGAAGAAGGUCGAAGAGGAGGGCGGAGAUGUCGGCGCGCCUGAAGCUUCUCGAGGCGCCCCUGGCGGUAUGGGUGGUGGAAUGCCUGAUCUCUCAGCACUCGCUGGCAUGCUCGGUGGAGGCGGCGGCGGUGGUGGCGGAGGAAUGCCUGAUCUCGCUGGUCUGAUGCAGAACCCCAUGAUGAGGCAAAUGGCACAGAACCUCAUGAGCAACCCAGAUAUGAUGAGCAACCUCAUGAACAACCCCAGGAUAGCGGAGAUGGCUCAACAGUUCGGUGGAGGAGGUCGAGGUGGAGGAGGAGGCGGCGGCGGUGGUGGCGGUAUGCCCAACAUGCAGGAUCUCAUGAACGACCCCAACCUGGCCGAGAUGGCCCGUAGCUUCAUGGGAGGCGGAGGCGCUGGAGCUGGCCGUGGAGCUGGUCAAUAAGAUGAUACGAAUCGACUGUAACGACUAGAUCGCUAGCGUAAGUAGUGGUCUGUCAAGAAGCAGUCUUCACGAUUAAAAUUAUGAUACCAUGUACAAAUCCGUUUUGUGUUCAUGAAGAUCCCGUCUUGGAAUCAAUGACUAUCAUGCACGUCGCGGGAUAUUU